AUGCGCAGCGGUUGUCUCAGCUAUGAGAAGUUCUGUACCGAGGGCGACCUGCUGCAGCGGCGGUCGCAGGAGUUGGCGAGUCGUCAAAAAGUGGGUACUGAGAGUCGUGUGGCGACGUGGGAGUGGCAGACGCGGCGGUCGACCGGUGAGUUGCGGAAGUGCGCAGGAGCUGCGCGUCGUGGACGUUCUCUGAUGCAUAAGGCUUUGGCUCAGCGGUGGCAGCACUUGGCUGGAAAUGCGUACCUCGUGUCCAGUGGAAUUGCUCGACCGUGUUCACCGAAUGGUAUGAAUGGUACGAAUGUGGUGAUGACUCGACACGUACGUGACGACGACGACGACGUGAAGGAGCAGGAGCAGCUGAUUGAGGAGGACGCAUGUGCGGGUGACGAUGAGAUGCAGACGACGGUGCAGCACCAGCAAGACGAGAGACAGCGAUGCAACUACUGCAAACUCAAGUGGCAUUGCAUGCUGGCGCAGAGACCAGACCAGCGGUUCCUGUGCCGUGGUACCUCACGAGCUGGGCUCAGUUUGGUCCAACCUGUGACUGGCAUAAGUCCGCAUGAUUACUAUGCUCUAUGA